UGCCGUUGCCUAGCUAAUAACCAUUGGACAUCUCCGACUGGAGUAGUAAGGUUUUAGGUUUCCACAACUUGCCUCCAGAAAAGGACAUUUAUAUCCAAUGAUAUGAGUACUGCUACUUCUUUACCAUAUGGAUCUAAAAGUUUACUGGAGUGUAGGAGCAGAGAAAUUCUCCUAGCACAGCCAGAUAAUGUCCCAAGAUUUCUGUCUAUGCAUCUGGAGAAGAUGAUACAUUCCAGAGAUGAACAAUCAACAGAUCCCAAGGAGGUUGCUUUUAAGUAUGAAGAGCAAUGGGAGAAUAUCUUCCUUCUAGAAAAGCACAAAAGGACAAAGAGUCUAAAACUAUCUGCAAAGGACUUGCCUUCAUCAACACCCAGCGUGUCCAGUACAUCCUCUGAGUCUGUCACUGUAUCAGCUCCCAUUGAGGAGAAAAGGAAAACAGGCAGCAAGACUUUAGCUAGGACUGCCAGCCAAGAAGAGAGUGUGCAUCCAGCUGAUAAAGAAGAGAGAUUUCCCUUCAGUAAGCCAAUACAAAAGGAGGAGACAAAAACAUCUCUACUAUCUCCAUGGCCUGUAAUCCCGCCUAUUCCGCAAAAGUCCCCUCAACAAGUUCCAAGCCAGGUGCAGGGACAGAAAUCGACCAAGAAGUGCGACAUUACUUGCCGUCUUAGUGAUUGUCCUUAUCACGUCAAGCAGAGAGAAAUGUCUCCAACUGUCAAAGAUCCAGUCAGGACCAGCGCAGGGCGUACAUUUAUAAAGGAUCUGGGGCUGCAGAAGUCAAAAGCAGAGCCGAGACCGUUCCAAGAGACUGUUCCAUACAGGCCUAAAGGAGGACAUGUUGUAGAUAGAGAAUUAGAGCCAAUAAGACAAGGAGCAGAGUCCUCUUGCCCACGUAGACUCCAGAUUAUUAAAUACAAGGGUAUGCAAGUGCAGCGCAGUCAACAUCCACCUCACUGUGGCAGGAUGCAUUAUAUCACCUUACAACCCAAUCUGCAGCGAUGGCCGGCACCAAAGAGCACCACCAUUUGUAAACCCGUAACAAGAACCCCUCCGGGCGUGAGCAAAUUACCAAAUUCAUAUUUGUCCAUCUGGCACAGUCCUCAACCGCCUAACAAAUACAGGCCCUGAUCUGGAGUUUUUGAUCACAUUUGACGCCUGCGAGUCCAGGAAGAUGGUUUCUUCUGGUUUCACUGACUUGGGAUUUACCAUGUCUCACCUCAUUUGGCUGUUUUGAGGUUGAUCUGACUUCAGUACGUUCACAUUUCUGGCCUCGCACAAGAAUAAAAUACUUAAGUGAUGCAAUAGUUGGCAUUUUUCACUCCUCCUGUAACCCAAAUGAAAGUGUCGUACUCUACACAUUUUCUUUCUGCUUGAAGGCCCGUUUGAGAAGGUAAUUGUCUAGACGAGGAAUCGUGUACCAGAGAGGCUUAAAUAAUUACCACCGACUUUCAUUCAACCUUUUAAUAGAAAUUCUGAAAGGUGAUUAUGUUUCGGUUUUAUUUCCAUGCAGGAAGGUAAAGUCUUCUCAGCCUUAUCGUCCUGUCGUCUCAAUGUUCAGGAUACCUGCAGAGGAGAUCACUAAGUUGUCAUGUGAUUACCAGAACUUGAAACUAGAACCUUUUUGUUCUUCAUCCCUCACUACCCAUGAGUGAUUGCAUUAGCUUACCGCUUUCUCCUUCGGAAUCUGAUAUUCGACUGUGACAAGAUACGACUUAUUAAUGGUUUAGGAACCUGUUUUGAAUUUUGGACAUCAUCAGUCUUUUGAGCCAUCUGAAACAUUCUCAGUUCUGUGGUCUCACCCGUUAGUCUAACAAAUUCUAGUGAAAAACACUGCACAUGACUCAGAAACAAGUGACACUGUUUAUUUCUGCAGCCUCUUUCAGCCAAGUCUGCCAAGUUUCCUGAGAUGACUCACUGGAUUUGGUUCUUAGAAGACCCACAAAAAGCCUUUUGACAUGGAU